UAGAGACGCAAUGUAAAGUUAAAGUGAAUCAACAAAGUGUACUUAAGCAUCUACAGCAGAGUUAUUAUUAUGCAGAACGUUAUUAUACCAUUGUUUAAUUUUUGCUCACUAACUGAUGUGCACAUAGCAUUUAAAUGUCAUAGCAGGUGGAGUUAAUUUGAACAAGUUAUUCUGCUAGUGUAAUCUAUCACAACGCAUGUUAUUUAUAGGACAGUCAUGUGUUUUGUAUGUGAAGUCUAUAUAUCUAUAACUAUAUAGGCCUGCUUUACAAAAGGAGAGAGCAGUAACUACAGAAAGUGAAGACUCUUUGCUAGACUGAGUUAUUUAAGGUGCAAAUUAAUGUCUCUAUUAACUAUUGUCACAGACUUAAAAUCUGAAUAUACAAUUAUCUACAAACAAAACCUGUUCUUGUGUUUCAACAGGGGUUUAUAGAUAAAACGCAGGGGAAACAAAAAGGCUGACAAUCCUGUCCUGUCUAAACCUGUUCUUCCCUUUUUCAAGACUUCAUAAAAUUGGCUGGAGUGCAGCCGAAGUGCAGGCAUUGCAGAAUGAAGGAAUGUCUGUCUGAAGAACUGUGAUGAGAUUAGGAAGUGUCUGACUACGUGUCCAGUAUCAGAGAGAGGGACCACUUGCCAUUUUCUCCACACAUCAAAGAUGACAGCAUCAUUGAACCUAACCAAUUCAACGCCACAGCAACAGCGUUUCUUGGUGUUGUUCGACUUUGAUGAGACCAUCAUCAAUGAGAACAGUGAUGACGCUGUGGUGCGUGCUCUACCAGCCAAACAGCUUCCUGACUGGCUGAAAAACAGCUACAGGGAGGGGCACUACAACGAACACAUGCAGAAGGUCUUGGCUUACAUGGCAGAGCAGGGCGUGUCUGGGGACUCCAUCCGUUCAGCGGUGGAGAAGAUCCCACCCACACCUGGCCUCCUGAACCUCCUCCAGUAUCUGCAGAGCCACCAGCAGGACUUUGAGCUGGCGGUUGUCUCCGACGCGAACAUGUACUUCAUUGAGACGUGGCUGGAGCGUGCUGGGGUACGCCACCUUUUCCGGAAAAUCUUUACAAACCCGGCCAGUUUUGAUGCAACUGGCCGGCUUGUGCUGCUCCCUUUCCACUCCCACUCGUGCUCCCAUUGUCCUGACAACAUGUGCAAGCAGGUGAUCCUUCGGGAGUAUCUGGCGGGCCGGCGAAAGGAGCGUGGAGGUGCUCCCUUCCAGAAGGUAUUCUAUAUCGGAGAUGGGGCCAAUGAUAUCUGUCCUUCUCUGGCCCUGGGGCCCCGGGACACAGCCUUCCCGAGGAGGGACUUCCCCAUGCAGAGGCUGCUGCUGGAGAUGCAAGAGUCCCAGGCGGCCAAGUUCAAGGCAAACAUAGUUCCUUGGGUCAGUGGCGAGGACAUAGUGGACUGCCUGAAGAAAAUAAUGGAGGAGAGAUGAGGUGUGUGUGUGUGUGUGUGUGUGUGUGUGUGGUGAGUGGCAGAGUGAGAGAAAGACGGGGGCAAAUAUAGCGAAGUUGCACCAACCCCAUUCCUGGUGAGCUGCACGAUAUGCAUGAUUUUACCCCAGCCACACUGUUUUUAGAUAGAUCGAUAGAGACUCGUCAACAUAUAUGGACACACAACACCAGCAAACAGAAGACAUUAAACAGUGCACAGAAAUACAAUAGACAUAUUACAAACGUAGAAAUACAGAAAUUCACACCGUGAGCCAUCAAUCAGUUUGUGGUUUUGUACUGCAGUACAGCCUCCUUAACAUCUACUUAUUUUAAGGCUACUGUUUAAAUUAAUUUAAAAUUCAAAACUCAUACGGGCAAAAAGGAUUUCUUAAACCAAUUCACUUUACACCACUGAGCUCUGUAUCGUCUGCCUGAUGGUAACAACUCAUUUUGAGAGUACAGAAUAUGGGUUGAAAGACUCUCUUUACCUGUUUAAGGUAAAGUAUGCACUGGUCAGGCAAAGAUAAUCCUUUAUCCUAAGAGAAUUUAAAGGAAUGGUUUGACAUUUUUGGAAAUACACUUAUUAGCUGUCUUGUGAAGAGUAAGAUAAGAAAAUCAAUGCCACUGUGAUGUCUCUCUAGUUAAUAUGUAGUUGGAGCCACAAGGUUAGCUUAGCUCAGCAUAAAGACUGGUAAUGGGGGCCACAGCAAGUCUGGCUCUGUCCAAAGAUAUCCACAAAAAAAACUACCUAUUAUUUCUCCUUUUUGUUUAACCCAUACAGACUGAGGUAGAAAUUACGGUUUUAUUGGGGGGUGCCGGACUUUUUCUUAGUUGGGAGCAGCCAACCGCUGGAGACUCCAGCCGCCUGUUGAACCAGCUGUGUGUAAGUUCAAAUGUAGUCUAGUUAUAGCAUAAAUUAUUACUAAGUUGUGAUUUAUGCAUUACUAUACUAUUAAUAUAACAAUACUGUUUCAACACUGCCUGGUUUUACAGUUUGAAUUAGUUUUUUGAGUUGAGAGCGAGUCGCAUUUAUGCAAAUUCAGAGACAGUCCACUCCUGCUCUCCAUAAAAAAUGAAUACGUUGACGGAUGUCAAGUCAAUGGAUCCAGUGCAUCUGCACCUUUUAGAUAUGACUUUACAUCCAAGCUAGUUAGGUUGUGCCCUAAGCAAUCAUAGUGCAACCAAUUUUAGUAGCUGAUUCAGUUACUAACUAGUAGUUACCAAGCCUCUAGCAUCGACUUUACAGACUAAUUUAAAGGAGAACUUAAAUACAUAGUUGGUGCAAUUCAGUGCAGAAGUCACUGCUAAGAAACAGUCUGGUACAUAACCCACCAUAAAAAGGAAAAUUAUCAUUUUUUACCUCAUUUUAGGUAGGUGAAAACCUUGGUUUUUGUAUUUUAAAGACAUAAGAUAUAAUAUGUUGAUUAGUGAGCUCUAGAGGUGCUGAAAGGCAGCUUUUUUAUAUUUGGACAGAGCCAGGCUAGCUGUUUCUGCUUAUCUUUAUUCAGUCUUAGUGCUAAGCUAAGAUAACUGGCAGCAUAUUUACAGUACAGACGUGAGAGUGGUAUCUAACGCUAGCAAAUAAGCGUAUUUCCCAAACUGUCGAACAAUCCUUUAAUGCCGACCUGAUAUAAAAGCCUAUUUCCAUUUUAACUGACAGUUUUUAAGUGUGUAUGCAGCAUUAGAAGUUGACUCCCAUUGGAAUGCAAAAUAAACAAGCUCACAGGUCAAGAUUAUAUUGAUCAAUAAUGGAGACAUGCAGUAUUGAUGAUGUUCUGGUUUUCGAGUAUGACCAUGCGCUUAACCAUAGUUAUGUCUAGUGAGUUCUGUAGUGAGCUAAAUCCAAUGCAGUUGGCUCAUUUAACGCAACAUCCUCUUCAAUGUGAAUGUAAUUUACUUUACAUGAAUUUCUCAAUGUAACGUACAUUUUCAAGCAACCUUGAACAUUUGUGUCACAUGUACUGUAAGAAAGAUUGUAGUGACCAGAACAGAAUCAGAAUCAGCUUUUAUUGCCAGGUAUGUGUACACAUACAAGGAAUUUGACUCUGGAUUGUACAUUGCUCAUGAUGUGCUUACUUAUACAAUAAUACAAUAAUAAAAUCAGAC